AUGCAAAAGCUCCAAUUGUUUGGACUUUGGUUUGGUUCAGGAAAACCAUCUAUCAAUACAUUCCUUGUGCCCUUUGUGAAAGCAUUGAAUGAGCUGUCGUCGUGUGGCAUCUCAUGGACCGACAAGGGAGGGAAUACCAGAGUGUCAAAGGUAUUCCCAGGGCCUUGCACGGUGGACACCGUUGCAAGGUGUGAACUCAUGCAGAUGACACAGUUUAACGGUGCAUAUGGAUGUGCAUGGUAUGAGGAGCCCGGCGAGGUGGUGGAAAAGGGGAAGGGGCAUUCUCGUGUGUACCCAGCCGGUGCUGCUCCUCCCAAAAGGAGGACGCACGAGUCUUUCUCGCAGCAUGCCCGCAAAGCGCGUAAAGGCGAACCAAGCUGUGGUGUAAAAGGGUCAAGCAUCCUUUUACUACUUUCUUUUUUUAGCUUUAAUACAGGCUUUUUGGUAGAUUACAUGCAUGCCGUAAGUUCAGGCUUCGUGCGAUCCAUCACAUUUCUCUGGUUCAAGGCAAAGCGACGUGACGCGUUUAACCUGCGUCCCUUUAUGAGGGAUAUGGAUGCUAAGCUGAUGGGCUUGCAACCCAUCUGGGAAAUGUCAAGACUGCCCAGAUCCGUGAAUGUCACGAAAGAGUGGAAAUCGUCGGAAUGGAGAAACUGGCUGCUGUACUGCUCGCCUGUAGUUUUGAAAGGAAUCCUUCUAAUACAUCUUUUCCUGUUAAAUCUGCGUUUAUUUACACUAUGUACAGUUUAA